AAUGAUAAUAAGUGUCAUCAUUUUUGGAUUGAAUCGACCAUAUUUAGACCACCAUAAAAUUUUCAGAAACAAGAUUCCGGUUAAUACUUAAAGGUACACAAUUAGGCUGGUUAUUGGAUAAAGUUUACGUAAGAUGGCCAUUUAUAACAGGUCUGAAUUAACAAAAAUUUAUUUUGAUGAAUUCAUUGGCCUUUUGUGGCAGAGAGUGAAAAAUACUAAGCCAGAAUGA